AUGAAAGAAGAUUUUAUUUCUUUUGCAGAUGAGGCAAUAAGCCAGAAAGCAUUGUUAUAUGAAUUGGCAAGCCCAAAGGGAGUAACCAUUACACAAGAAGGCGAGUUGGUAACAUCUCAAGAAUUUCCCUUCCUUGAUUUACCCACUAUAAGGGCAGCUACGGAUGAUUUCUCUGAUUCCAACAGGCUCGGACAAGGUGGCUUCGGCACAGUUUACAAGGGUGUGCUAGCAGAUGGGAAGGAAGUGGCAGUUAAAAGGCUGUCGAGGAGGUCAUGGCAAGGUUUGGAAGAGUUGAAGAAUGAAGUCAUAUUAAUUUCAAAACUUCAACAUAAAAACCUUGUCAGGCUAUUGGGCUGUGGAAUUGAAGGUGAGGAAAAGCUGCUCAUAUACGAGUUUAUGCCAAACAAAAGCCUUGAUUUCUUCAUCUUUGAUCCGGAGAAACGCCCACAACUUGAUUGGAAGACAUGCUUUGGAAUUAUAAGUGGAAUUGCCAGGGGACUUCUCUAUCUUCACGAGGAUUCCCGACUUAAAAUCAUUCAUAGAGAUCUAAAACCCAGCAAUGUAUUGUUGGACCAAGACAUGGUUGCCAAGAUAUCAGAUUUUGGCAUGGCAAGAAUUUUUUGUGAAAACCAGAAUUCAGCUAACACUAAAAGAGUUGUGGGAACAUAUGGAUACAUGGCUCCAGAAUAUGCAAUGGAGGGGUUAUUCUCUGUGAAAUCCGAUGUUUUUAGCUUUGGCGUGAUAGUGCUAGAGAUUCUGUGUGGGCAAAAAAAUAGUGGCUUUUACCUAACAGAACAUGCCCAGACACUUCUUGCUUAUGCCUGGCAAAUAUGGAGAGAAGGUAAAGAAUUGGAAAUAGUGGACCCUUUUUUGCUGGAAUCAUGCUCAAAACCGGAAAUCAACCGGUGCUUUCAUGUCGGGCUUUUAUGCGUGCAGGAAGAUCCAGCAGACAGACCCACCAUGUCUGAUAUUGUGGUUGUCUUAGGAAGUGAUACGGAUACGAUUGCUCUUCCUGAACCAAAGAGACCAGCAUUUUCUGUGGGCAGAGUGAUCGCAAUUGAUCAGUCUUCAAUGAUAGAUCCAUCAAUGAAUCAGAUGACAGUAUCUGAUAUCUCAGCCCGUUCCAAUCUUGCAGUGUUGCAGAGACUGGAGAGACAAGAUAUGGAUCAUUCCAGUUCUACACAAACCAUUCGUUUGCUUUUGCUUUGUUCUUUUCUUUCUGGUCUUCAUGAUCUUGCUCUUGCUGAUCCUCCCUACCCACUUUGUUCAAACAAUACUAGCAAUCAUUUAUUGAAUAGUUCAUUCCAAAAUAAUCUCAACAAUCUGCUUUCGUUACUACCAUCAGAAGCUUCUGUCUCCAAAUACAACAAUACCUCUUAUGGGAAUGGCACGGAUAGAGUUUAUGGUCAGUACCUGUGCCUCGACUAUGUUUCAUAUGAAACCUGCCAAGACUGCAUCUCCGUUGCAUCAAAGGCUAUCACGUAUCUUUGUCCAAAUAGAACGGAAGCAGUCGUAUGGGAGGAAGAUUGCCAAUUGCGCUACUCAGAUAAUAAUUUUUUUGGCCGAUUGAAUGUAGCAGACAAUUUUUGCAAAGAUAAUAUUAUUAACAUCUCGGAUCCUGUACACUUCCAAUCUAUCGUAGAGAACAAGCUGCGAAAUCUUACCAAAAGGGCAGCCUUCAAUUCUUCAACAAAUAUGUAUGCUGCUGGAGGAGAACCAUAUACAGCAGAUGACACCCUGUAUGCUAUGGUGCAGUGCACCCGAGACUUAUCCCCAGAUGACUGUAACGAAUGCCUUGAGGCUGCCAUUAAAGAUGUUUCUUCUGAGUGCUAUGCUUCUCGUGGGGCACGACUUCUUAGUCGCAGCUGCUAUCUUAGGUAUGAGUUAUAUGCCUUUUAUGAUGGCGCCAAAGAGCCCUCUGUUUCCACAGAAAAGAAAGGAGGUGGUGGAAGGAAAAUAUGGAUGACUGUAGUUCUUACAAUUGGAUCAGCGGUUUUAGUGAUACUGCUACUGGCUUCCACCAUGUAUUGUGUUGCAAGGAAGAAAGGAACUGGAAACGGGAAGAAAAAACUACACAAUAUUGGCGACCCUGAGAACACAGAUUUGCAGAACCAGUAUUUUGAAGGUUUAGAUGAGCUAAGGGCUCAUGACUCUUAUUUUGAUUUGGCAACCAUAAACUCAGCUACUGAUAACUUCUCUCAUUCAAAGCUGCUGGGACAAGGUGGUUUUGGACCUGUUUACAAGGGUGUACUACCUGAUGGAAAGGAAGUAGCUGUCAAGAGGCUUUCAAGCUUCUCUGAGCAGGGUACUCUGGAGUUCACAAAUGAAGUCCUACUGAUAUUGAAACUUCAGCACAAAAAUCUCGUCGGGCUUUUGGGUUUCUGUGUGGAUCAGCAGGAAAAGUUGCUUGUUUAUGAAUUUAUGCCCAACAGCAGCCUUGACGUGGUCCUCUUUGAUUCAAAGAAACGUGCACAACUCAAUUGGAGCAGACGUCUUAACAUCAUUAAUGGAAUUGCAAGGGGAAUUCUUUAUCUACAUGAGGAUUCACGGCUUAGGAUCAUCCAUAGGGACAUAAAAGCUAGUAACGUGUUACUGGAUUGUGACAUGAACCCAAAAAUCUCGGAUUUUGGAAUGGCAAGAAUCUUUGCAGGGGCAAAUAGUGAAGCUAAUACAGCUAGAAUAGUGGGAACAUAUGGAUAUAUGGCUCCGGAGUAUGCCAUGGAGGGAUUAUAUUCGAUUAAGUCUGACGUUUUCAGCUUUGGGGUACUCUUGCUUGAGAUAAUUACUGGCAGAAGGAAUGCAGGCUUUCAUCAAUCAAAACGUGUCCCAACUCUAGUAGCAUAUGCAUGGCAUCUAUGGAAUGAAGGGAAUGCCUUGGAAUUGAUGGACCCAUUACUAACCGAUGGAUGCCCAGAUGAAUUCUUAAGAUACAUCCAUAUCGGACUGUUGUGUGUUGAAGAAGACGCAUUCAACAGGCCGACCAUGUCAUCUGUUGUGGUAAUGUUGAAAGGUGAAGCUGUGACAUUAUGCCAACCUCAACAACCUGCCUUCUCUGUGGGAAGAUUUGCUGAUCAUCAUCAAACGCUGGCUCAUAGUUGCUCUGUCAAUGGCUUAACGAUUUCAAAUAUUGCACCUAGAUGAUUGACCUUUGGAAGUCCAGGGAUGGCUUGCCUUGAGAGAAAUUCCAUAUUUUCUUUGAAUUUUUCGAUUUCUGACUAUGAUAUAUUUGUGGGUUAGUGCCUCCGUGAAUACCAAUUGCCAAAAGAAAAAAAUUUCCACGUUUCCAUCUGGAAUUUCAUGGUUUACUUGUUCCAUUCCCUCUGGGACCACGUUUUGUCUGUUGUCCUCUUUUCCAAUGAGAAAAAGAGGUGUGCUAUCAUUGCAGAUAAUGAAAACGUUCUGAAAAC